CGGCGCCUGGGGCCGCGCGCCUGCGCGGCGCGGCGGCGGCGCCUGCGCGUUGCGGGCGGCGGCGCCCGGUGAGCGCAGCGCAUCGAGGCGGCGGCGGCGGCGGGGCCGGGCCGCGCCAUGAGAGCGCGCCGGGCUCGGCGGCCGCCCGCGCGCCGCGGCGGGGAGCGGCGCUGAGGCGCCAUGGCGGGCAGCGCGAGGGCCUUCCUGCGCGACCUGGGCACGGGCGUCCGGGACUCCGUGUGGGGCAUCUGCACCAUCGCCCGGCUCGACGCCCGCAUCCAGCAGAAGAGGGAGGAGCAGCGGCGGCGGCGGGCGGGCAGCGCCGCGGCCCAGCGCCGCGGCCAGGCCGACAGGACCCGCCAGGGCGAGCCGCGGAUCGUCAGCCGGAUCUUCCAGUGCUGCGCCUGGAACGGCGGCGUCUUCUGGCUUAGCCUCUUCCUCUUUUACCGAGUCUUUAUCCCGGUGCUUCAGUCGCUCACGGCGCGCAUCAUUGGCGACCCCUCGCUGCACGGCGACGUCUGGUCGUGGCUCGAGUUCCUGCUCACCUCCGUCUUCGGCGCCCUCUGGGUCCUGCCCCUCUUCGUGCUCAGCAAGGUCGUCAACGCCAUCUGGUUUCAGGACAUCGCUGACCUUGCCUUCGAGGUGUCCGGCCGGAAGCCUCACCCCUUCCCCAGCGUCAGCAAGAUCAUCGCCGACAUGUUGUUCAACCUGCUGCUGCAGGCGCUGUUCCUCAUCCAGGGCAUGAUCGUGAGCCUCUUCCCCAUCGACCUCGUGGGCCAGCUCGUGGGCCUGCUCCACAUGUCGCUGCUCUACUCGCUCUACUGCUUCGAGUACCGCUGGUUCAACAAGGGAAUCGAGAUGCACCAACGCUUGUCCAACAUCGAGCGGAACUGGCCCUACUACUUCGGCUUCGGCCUGCCGCUGGCUUUCCUCACCGCCAUGCAGUCCUCCUACAUCGUCAGCGGCUGCCUCUUCUCCAUCCUCUUCCCGCUCUUCAUCAUCAGCGCCAACGAGGCGAGGACGCCCGGCAAGGCAUACCACUUCCAGCUGCGCCUCUUCUCCCUGGUGGUUUUCCUCAGCAACCGGCUCUUCCACAAGACCGUCUACCUGCAGGCGGCCCUGGGCGGCCCCUCCGCCGAGCGCCUGCCCUCCCCGCAGCCCUCCCCGGCCAAGCACGCCGCCCCCCCAGGCCGCUGACCCCCCCAAACCCCGGCACCCGCCUUCCCUUCCCCCUCAGGCCGUUUCCCCUCCGCCGGCAGCUUCGGCGUUGCGGUUUUUCUGUGAUUCCCGCCAAAAAGCAGCGCCGGAGCUGCCCCGGGCGGGGAGGGGGACAGAAUUGUGUCCUCGUUCGGUGUUUUUAAACCUCUCGCGGAGCCGAGGAAAAGCCCCGCAACCACAAAGGGAAAC